AUGACUACCCACGCCCACUCGCGAGAACCGCACGCCCACGACGCCCACGGCGACGGGGACCACGAGAGUAUCCACGACCACGGGCAGGACGCGCACGGGGGUCACGACCACGACCACGGCCACGAUGGACACCAUCGCGGUCGCCACGACGGCCACGGGCAUGAAGACAUGCUGGAGGUCGAGCAGGCCCUGGAGCGCAUCAUCGCCCACUUCAGCCCGCGGGACGCGGUGGAAUUGCCGGUGUUGGAAUGCCUGGGCCUGGCGCUGGCGGAGGAUGUCACAUCGCCGUUGAACCUUCCGCCGCUGGCCAACUCGGCCAUGGACGGCUACGCCGUGCUGCACGCCGACAUCGCAGCGGCCAACGACACGGCGCCGACGCUGUCAGUGAUUUCCGCGGUCGCGGCAGGACAGGUCUCGGACCAGACGGUCACCAGGGGCAACGCGAUCCGGAUCAUGACCGGUGCACCGGUUCCCGCGGGCGCAGACACCGUAGUUCCCUUCGAGGAAACUGACGAACUCGAACGCAGGCGCACGGGGACGCCGCUGGACGAAAUCGCCAUCCGCAAGGCGCUGCCAUUGGGCAGUAACGUACGACCGGCGGGCGAAGACGUGCAGGCGGGGGAGUUGGUGUUGCCGGCGGGGACGGUGGUUCGACCGGCGGAAGCAGGAGUUCUCGCAUCGUUGGGGCUUGCCACGGCGUGGGUGAUCCGGCGACCGGUAGUUGCGGUGCUGUCAACGGGAGACGAGCUGACCACGGUUGGCGAAGAUCUCGAGCCGGGUCACAUCUACGACAGCAACAGCAGCAGCGUAGCGGCGGCGGUCCGCGCGGCCGGCGGGGUGGCGAAAAUAAUCGGCAUCGCGCGGGACAACUUGGACGACCUGCAUCGGUGCAUCGACGCCGCCUCGGAUUCGGACCUGCUGGUUACCUCGGCCGGCGUGUCCAAGGGCGAUUACGACAUGGUCAAGGACGUGCUGGAGCAGCGAGGGGACAUGAACUUCUGGUCGGUGCGGAUGCGACCGGCCAAGCCGCUGGCGUUCGGGCUGAUCAAUCGCGAAGGACGCGAGCCCCUGCCGUUGCUGGGACUGCCAGGCAACCCGGUCAGCGCGCUGCUGGCGUUCGAGAUGUUCGGCCGGGCAGCCGUGCGGCGCAUGUUGGGACGGGACCUGCUGGCGCGUCCCACGGUUGAAGGGGUGCUCACCGGCCCGAUUUUCAACAGCGACGGGCGAAGGGUGUACGCGCGAGUCGAGGUCGAACGACGAGACGGCACGUGGUUUGCCACGCCGACGGGGCCGCAGGGAUCGAACAUCCUGACGUCGUUGUCCAAGGCCAACGGGCUGGCGAUUUGUCCAUCCGACCUGACCCGAAAAAACGCCGGACAGGCGGUAAAGAUCAUAAUGCUGGAUUGGAAUGAAGAGUUACUGCUGGCCCGGCUCAACACCACGUGCCCAUCGUUCGGCAAGACGUCAGCGGAGAUCGCGCAUCCGUCCGACCUGGUGAAAGAGAUCAGGACCCAUUGCGCCGGUGACACGGAGUUCAUUCAGUCUUCGAUGCCGCUGCAGGAGAUUGUGUUCCGCACGCUGCUGCUGCAGGGAGGCGAGCCGAUGCCGCUGUCGGAAUUGCAUACCGAACUGACCGAGAAAUGGUCGACCCCGAUCCGUCCGAUCACGCUGACGGUGAACGGACUGGCCAGGGUGCUGGACAGCGAUGUUUUCUACGGAUUUGCCGCGAUCGCCUUGGAGGAGCCGGAACCCGAAGAAGUUCUCGACAGCGCGCGGAUGCUGACGGCUGCAGGAACGGCAGAGGACGAGCAGUUGGCCCGGAUCUUGGAGGUUCUCGCCGCAGACGACGAUGACGAGGACGAAGACUUGCUCGGCGAAGACGACCUGGACGAUGACGACGAAGAGCCGCCUGAAGAGGACGAGGAAGAAGAGGCGGAGUAA